AGAGGAGAGAUGGGGAUCGAACGGCUGUCGAUCUCCCCUGCAAACCCUAACGCCGAGAGCGAACUCCCCACCGACCCUUUCGAUAAAGCUCGCAACCGUCAAGCUUUCGUCUCCUCGCUCCCCGAAUCCAUCGUGAGAGAUCCCAAGAGGAGGGAGAUGGCGGCGGAGGGGCCGAAGGCGGUGGUCCCGGAGUCCGUGCUGAAGAAGAGGAAGAGGGAAGAGCAGUGGGCGCUGGCGAAGAAGCAGGAGCUCGACGCCAGGAAGAAGAAAGCGCGCGAGAACCGGAAGUUAAUCUUCGGCAGAGCCCAGCAGUACGCCAAGGAGUACGGAUCGCAGGAGAAGGAGUUGAUCCGUUUGAAGAGAGAGGCCAGGUUGAAGGGCGGAUUCUAUGUCAGCCCAGAAGCCAAGCUUCUGUUCAUCAUCCGCAUACGAGGUAUAAAUGCCAUGCACCCAAAAACCCGAAAGAUCUUGCAGCUCCUACGUCUGCGUCAGAUAUUCAAUGGCGUGUUUCUGAAGGUGAACAAGGCUACGAUGAACAUGUUGCAGCGUGUUGAGCCAUACGUGACAUAUGGGUAUCCUAAUCUCAAGAGUGUUAGGGAGUUAAUUUACAAGCGAGGGUAUGGGAAGUUGAACAAGCAGAGAAUUCCUUUGACUGACAACUCGAUCAUCGAGCAGGGCUUGGGGAAACAUGGUAUCAUCUGCAUUGAAGAUCUUGUUCACGAGGUUAUGACCGUUGGACCACACUUUAAGGAGGCAAAUAACUUUUUGUGGCCUUUCAAGUUGAAGGCACCAUUGGGUGGCCUGAAGAAAAAGAGGAAUCACUAUGUCGAGGGAGGUGAUGCUGGAAACCGUGAGGAUUACAUCAAUGAGCUUAUCAGAAGGAUGAAUUAGUUAUCUGAGUCAGCCCGAUCCUUCAACUGGCUAAUGGAUCAGGUGAGACUUGUUGCUUUAUCCAUGACUAGCUAGCUAGCAUCUGUGAGUGCUGUUUCUGAUCGGUGCUGGUGGUAUAUCUUCUGCCCCUUCUUGAUGUGGUUUUUAGUUUAUAUCUAUCUGAUGGGGCUCUGUUGCCUCUGAAACGUAAUGUAUUGUGUGUUUUGUGCUAGUUUGACUCGUCUUCUUAUAUUAUACAUAUAAUAUUGUGUAGCGAUAUUUGAUGCUAAAUGAUCCAUCAAAAACAUUAUUCUUGCUUGCUUGGGGUUGCA